AAAUUGGAAAAUAGUGUUCAAACAUUUUUUGUAAUUGUAUUUUAUAAUGUGUUACACGUUAGGCUAAUUAAUUCUUUAUAACAGUGCGCGCUAACUCCAAAAAUGGGUGUAUAGUCAAAAUGAUUAGAAUCACACGAUGUCUCAACGAGGCGUUGAACAAAGCAACAUCUACCCUUUCGAUAGAUGAAGCAUUGUACCUGGCUAAGGAUGCCGGAAUCGCAACUAAACAAGAAAUACAGAAAUUAAUCAUAUCAUCGCCAUCAUUCUCACCGAAUAAAUCCCCGUUUCUAAUAUCUAACUUCUUCGAAGAUAAACGUAAAUAUCAAUAUUUCGACGACAAAAAUACCGUCGGAGAUGAUAACUCUAUAAACCUAGACCGUCUCAUAACAUCGCAACAAACUUCGGAAAUUACAAAUAUCGAUAGAAUCAUCGCAGAGAAAACUAAACCCGAGUCGACCCUUGUCUUCUGGUUCAAAGGUAAUCGGUGGAAUGCACGGGCUGAAGGACAUGGAACGUGUAUGCGAUCAACAUCGCGAGUUGUCAUACAACGUGGAAGUGGCCUCGUUAAGGUUAACGGAGAAGAAGAUUUACACAAGAGAUGGCCCAUUUUCUACAACAGAAUGGACGUAUUAGAGCCAUUUUAUCUUGCCGGAUGUUGCGGCGUGUAUGAUGUAUUUAUUGAAACCAAAGGGGGUGGUAUCACGGGACAAGCUCGAUCUACAAGACUUGCCAUAGCACGUGCUCUAGUUGAAGCUAAUCCCACGGUCAAGCACUUCCUUGAAUCUGCACUAUAUGAGGAUAUCAGGCAGAAGAUGCCUAAAAUGCCAGGAAGAACAGGUGCGCGAUCCUUGAGGAAAUGGAGAAAGCGCUAAUCCAACUUCAUUACAUCAUUGUCAAACUAGCAUCGUAUAAGAUCUAGCGAACUCUAGAGAUGUGCUAAUAUAAUUAAUCGGA